GAAACUAGCGCCACGCCGGGCAACACUUUGGAGGAUUUGCGAAAUAAUUCACUGUAGGACUUGGCGCGAGAACGCACGAGAGAACGGUUAGCGAGCUUGAGGAAGAACUUUUAGUGCCAACACGAUCAUUGUUUAAUAAAUAGAUAGUAUAUUUUUACAUCAACAAGGAAUUUUUAUCAGCCAAGAUGUUUUGGGGACUUAUCAUUGAACCUAACAAGAGGUAUACCCAGACUGUUGAGAAGCCAUUCCACGUGUCCAUGGCGACUCUGGAUGCUUCAACUGCCGACGAUGAUAUUGUCCAAGUGAUGUUGUGCUACGACAAUCGAAACUAUCUUCUCUGCAACUUGAAAAAGGGCCACGUAUGGCAAGUGCCCCUCGACCUGAAUUUCCAGGAAGGGACAAAAAUAGCAUUCACAUCAAACGGACGUGGUCACGUGCACCUGACAGGGUACCUAGUCCCAGACGAGGGCAUCGACGAUCUGGACGACCUCGACGAGGAGGACGAGGAAGAGGAGGAGGAAGACGAAGACGAAGUUCCCCAAUUAGUAGGCAAACGUAAAGCCAAGAAUUCUCCAAAGGAAGGAAAAUCAACGAAAAGGCUGAAGGGGUCGAUAAAGGAAGUUGCCGAGGAUGAGGAAGAGGACGACUCAUCGGACGAUGAAGGUCUUCUGGAUGGUUUAAUGGCUGAUGAUGACUCUGAGGACGAUGAGUGCUCUGAGGACGAGGAUGAGGCCGAGGCUAAGCAUGAGGAAGACGACGACGAUGAGGAAAGCGAGGAAGAAGAGGAGGAAGAGGUGGAAGAGGUGAAGCCACAGAAAAAAGGAAAGCAAAACCAAUCUCAGCAGCAAGAGCAGUCCCUGAAGCAGCAAAAAAAGAAGAAGAAGGAGAAGGCACAGCAGGAGCAGAAGCAAGCUGGAGCACUCGUCAAUGGAAAUGAUAAGAAGGCUGAGAAGAAGGGGAAGGAGGUGCACAAUGACUCAUCGGUGCCGAAGAAGAAGACCGUAAGCGGUGGAGUGCAGAUUGAGGAGUUAAAGUUGGGCGAGGGGGCUCCUGCCAAACCUGGAAGGUUCGUGUCAGUCUAUUACAUUGGAAGACUUUCCAAUGGUAAGAAAUUCGAUGCAACAAUGCAAGGAGAGGGCUUCAAAUUCAGACUGGGAAAGGGCGAGGUUAUCAGGGGAUGGGAUGUGGGACUUCAGGGAAUGAAGGCUGGAGGUAAACGACGACUCACGAUACCCCCUCACAUGGCCUAUGGAGUUAAAGGAUGCCCCCCAAGCAUCCCUGGUAAUAGCGAGCUUGUCUUUGACGUUGAGUUGAAGAAGGUUCACUAGAGGAUUUUAGUGUACGAUCAUUUUUUGAGUUGAAACAAUAUCUACAUUCCUCAUUGUCUGUUUCGUGCCAUGGGUCAAUCAUCUAGAAAUAGUUCCUUCGGCUUUUUUUAUACUACGGAUGUGCUCGUUGAUUACUCAACAGUUAGGACCCGUCCUUCACGUGUAUUAUUAUUUUUAUUUGCUUUGGAUUCUACGUUGAAAAUUUGUCAUGAAGUACUUUAGAUGCUGAGUCUAGGGUUGUUCAAGUGCAUGGUAUUCUUUUGAUAUGAUAAGUGGAGGUACGAAAUGAUCGAGAAUCUUGAACAAGUUUGGGGGAUAACGUUGACUAUAAUGUAAAGUUUUCAUUACUUCAGUAAAUAAAUUUGAUCUAUACA